ACAAACAUUGUAUAUAAAGACAGAGGUUAUUUAUACUAAUCUAUAGAAUACACCCAUGGCUGUUAAAUGUACAAAAUGUAUCUCUGUCAGGGUUGAACAUCGUGUCGCAGAGCUUUGCUAGUAGUGACUGCUAUCAAGUGCUCGCUAGCUAAUGCUAAUUGUAGUCGAUUAGUACGCUAGUAGUUGGCUAGCUAUCAGUAGCUUGGCUCAAUUUUGUAUGAUUAGUCGAACUAGCUAGAAAUGUUAACCCAACUGCUUGGUUGGGUGCGUGUUAGUGUCAACCAGAGUGUGUAGGCUAUGCACACGUCUGUGUUGUAACAACCAUGGUUAAAUCGGAACCCAUUUAAUUUUACUCUAUUUCUGUGGUACUACUGUAACGUACCCAACUAGCUAAAUUAUCCGGGAACAUUUGUUACCGGCGUUAAAAGGCCAUAUUCAAAGCUAUCAGUUGUAUGCGAAAUAGUGUGCCAGUGCCAUCCCGGGAGUUUUGGAUUGCAGAGAUGGUCGUCUGUUUCGGCAUGGUAGCUAUCAAACGUUAUUCUGUUCUCCUUUGGAAGUGUGAAACAUAACAUACAUUACGUGUGUCCCGUUUCAAAAGUCUUGGCUAGUGUAAAGUGUGCGGUAUAUGAUUAUCAAAACAGUUUAACUGCAAUUUGCGGGUCUGUGUACAUGUCAAGUGCUGUAACAUCGGCUCAUGGGUGUGGGCACUCUGGAACUUCCAGUGGAGUGCCCGUGAACCUUAAUUUCCAUCAUCGUCGAGCAUUGAUUAUUAGACGUAUGUGCAGAAACGCUAAAAUGUUCAGAAUUAGGUUAGUUACCAAAUUUAACAACGAAAUACCAAAACAACAUCGGUACAUCAACUCAAAUGAUCUUUUCAGCUGCAUGGAGUUUCGAUGAAACUGGCAGACUGCGCUUGCGGGGAUUCCUUUGCACCUUCCUGCUAAAUAGUGAUCGGAUUCAUAAAUAUCACCUAGCCAACUAAAGAGCCGCUAGCUCGCAAGCUGAUAACCAAAUGUUUCUUGUUCGUCUGUGCAUUCAUAAUUCCCAAUAUACUGGGUAUAGAAUACAGGAAAUGACCUAGAGGCCUUACAGAUACAUUUGUGCUUUGUCGCUCUGAUCUGCGUCUGUGGAGAAAGCGAGACCUGGAAGCACAUUUGUUUCCGCGUUGACUAAUAACUACCUCAGCCAGCCAAAGGAAACGAGGAGGAGGCCGCCACCGUUUCCCAGCCCAGAACUAUCAGCUGGCCUCCACAACGUGCCCCCCCACCCCUCCCCACACAAACACACACACAGUCUCGCUGAAGAGGACCUUUGACGGACCGGUUCUGUCGGCCCUCGACCUCACGCACACUCACGCGGAGGGAAGCGCAAAGCCCCCGCAGUCCCUGGAGCCCAUUAGUAGUUCAUUUUAUUUUACUUGCUGUUGAACAGUGUUGCAUUUUUCCAAAACUUCAUUUUGUUUUGCCUACAGCUUUUAAAAAAAAGAUUUUCUAUUUUUAUUAGUAGUGUGUGUGUGCUAGUAAACUUAUUUAUAUAUAUAUAUAUAUGUGUGUGAAGAAGAACUAUAUGUAUAUACUUUAUCUCUUAUACAAAGGAGGAUACAAUUUUUUUGCUUCCAUUUGAAGGAUAAGUAAUGCACUUUGAAACUUCUGGGCUGCGGCUCUACUUUGAAUGAGAGUCAGCUGAAGUGUCUAUUUUUUCCCCACUUGGUAGCUCAUCGACCCUUGACUCCUUUGUGAAGCUGAAAAACCGGAACUUAAAGUUGCGUCAUAUUUGCCGGUUUCGUUUGCUAGGACUGUUCCAUCAUAAGCUGCAGCAGGGCUGCACGUCAACGUUGGACGAGCAGGUCUUGAAGCCGCCACCCCUCCCUCCCAGUUGUCUCUCAGCAGCUCCUGUACAAGGCACAAUGAGAUGAUCCUCUGGCAGAUGGAACCCUUAAGCUGUCUUUUUACAUAACUUGAAAAAGUUCCAGGACUGUAGGGUUGGGUCGUAUUUUUUGGUGCGUUUUCUUUUUGAGAGAGUGCGAGCUUAGUGGCUGGCAAAAACGGGUGUUUCCUGAGGCGGCCCGCCACUUAUGUAUUGUUGCAGCGCACAGGAAAGUAAAAUGGACUACAAGCGGCGCUUUUUGCUCGGCGGGUCCAAGCAGAAAGUGCAGCAGCACCAGCAGUACCAGAUGCCUGAGCUGAGCCGGACCCUCAGUGCCCCCCUGGCCUCCACCUGCUCGGCCCCCUCUCCCAUGCCCCCUGGGGUGGCCAUGCCUGGCAGCUGCCACUCCGCUCCCAAUGCCACCACGGCUGUGGCCGACAUCCAGCAGGGCAUCUCCAAGUAUCUGGAUGCGCUCAAUGUGUUCUGUCGGGCCAGCGCCUUCCUCACGGACCUGUUCAGCAGCGUGUUCAGAAACUCUCACUAUUCCAAAGCAGCUAUGCAACUGAAGGACGUGCAGGAACACGUCAUGGAGGCGGCCAGCCGUCUGACUGCAGCAAUAAAGCCUGAGAUAGCCAAGAUGCUGAUGGAGCUGAGCGCCGGGGCCGCUAACUUCAAAGACCAGAACGACUUCAGCCUGCAGGAUGUGGAGGUGCUGGGCCGCUGCUUCCUGACUGUGAUGCAGGUUCAUUUCCAGUUCCUGUCCCAGGCCCUGCAGAAGGUCCAGCCCGUGGCCCAGUCCUGCCUGGCAGAGGCCCUGGCCCAGGCCCAAGAGCGCCGCACCAACGCCCGCUCCCAGAGCACGGGCCCUGGGCCCCUCACUGAACUGGAGGAGGCCUCUCGCUCAUGGAAGGGUGCAGCAGAGGCGACAGGGCGGCUGAGGGAGAGGGGUCGGGAUGGCUGCCUGGCAGGCCUGCAGGUGCAGCAGCUCUUCUGCUCCAACAACAUCACCAUCCCCGAACACCAACUGAAGGAGCUCAACAUGAAGACAGACAGCGCCUUACAGGCUUAUAAAGCAGCGCUAGAAAGCCUUGGCCACAGUGAGUAUGCACUGAAGGCUGGCUUUCACCUCAGUCCCAAAUCUGUGGAGUCAGCUUUGCAGGGCUGCUGCAGCGAGGCUGAGGCCCAGCAGGCCGGCAGGAUGCAGACCACCUCCCAGCCCAUUCAGUGUGAACUGCCCACCAUCCCAGUUCAGAUCGGUUCCCACUUCCUGAAAGGCGUGUCCUUCAACGAGUCAGCAGCUGAGAACCUCAAACUGAAGACGCACACCAUGUUGCAGCUCAUUAAGGAGGCGGUGGGCCAGAACGGCGUGACUCCCAGAGACGACUCCCCCGUCACCGAGGUCCUCAACCAGGUGUGCCCUUCCAGCUGGAGAGGGGCCUGCAAGACCGCUGUGCAGCUACUGUUCGCCCAGGCGGGGCUGGUGGUUGUUGACACGGCACAGAUUGAGAACAAGGAAGCCUACGCUCCCCAGAUCACUCUGGAGGGAACCAGGGUGGUGGUCCAAGUGCCCUCCACUUGGUGCCUGAAGGAGGAUCCGGCCACCAUGUCCCUGCUGCAGCGAAGUCUGGACCCGGAGAAGACCCUGGGGCUGGUGGAUGUCCUCUACACCGCUGUCUUCGACAUCAACAGGUGGAAGGAGAGAAAGGAGCAGGCCCUGCCCACCAUCCAGAUGCAGCUCCAGCGGGAGAUCCCAGACUAUGGCGUGCAGGCUGACCUGCCUUCCGGCAACGGCUCGAAAGCCUCCAGCGGCCUGCCCAAGACCAUCUCCAAACUCACUUCCAAGUUCACCAAGAAAGCCUCUUCCAGCUCGGCAGGGAGCGGGGGCAGCUACUCCAUCCCCAGCACCCCGUCUCGCAGCUCGCUGGCGGCCGGCAGCGCCGAGGACAAGCAUAAGAGUCUGGGCCAGGCUGACGGGAGGCUGCAGAGCAUCCUGCAGAUGGGGAGCCUGUCCGGGCCCCCCGACCCCGGCCAGCCCCAGCUGGCCAACGGCUCGGUGUCGGACGACCAGGGCAUGAACCUGCCCACGGACCAGGAGAUGCAGGACGUCAUCGACUUUCUCUCAGGAUUCAACAUGGGCAAGUCCCAGCAGGCCUCCCCGCUGGUCAAGAGGAGGAACUCGGUGGCGUCCGCCAACGCCGCCGAGCUGAAGCCCCCCUCCGGAGCCGCUCCCACCGCCCAGGCCGUCUCCCACGGUGCCCUGCAACCCCCCUCCCAGAGCCAGCCCCCGCCCCAGCUGCCUGUACAGAAGCAACAGCAGACCCAGCAGCAGCAGCAGCAGCAACAACAACAGCAGCAGCAGCAGCCCCCACAGCAGCAGCAGCCCCCUCCUCAGCAGCAGCCCUCCCAGCAGACCCUGCAGUACUAUCAGCAUCUCCUACAGCCCAUGGUUCAGCAGCAGCAGCAGCCUCCGCCACAGCUGCCCAAUCAGCAGCCCCCGCCCCAGGCCCUGCCCCAGCAGAGAGUGCCAAGCAAGUGGUUGGGCGGCCCCAGCCAGCAGCCCCCUCCUCCUGCUCCCCAGGGCCCCCAAGGAGGGCUUUCCCCUCUGGGGCCCAUCGGCCAGUGGGGCUCCCCUGGCCUGCCAGACCUGAGCUCUGACCUCUACAGCCUGGGCUUGGUCAGCACCUACAUGGACAGUGUCAUGUCUGAGAUGCUGGGCCAGAAGCCUCAGGGGCCCCGCAAUAACACCUGGCCUAACAGGGACCAGAACGAGGGGGUGUUUGGAGUGUUGGGAGACACCCUGCCCUUUGACCCUGCAGUCGGGUCCGACCCAGAGUUUGCGCGCUACGUCGCCGGGGUCAACCAGGCCAUGCAGCAGAAACGACAGGUGCAGCACAUCCGUCGGCCCGGCAACGCCCGCGGAAACUGGCCCCUCCCCGACGAGCAGCACAGGACUUGGUCACACCCAGAGUACUACAGUGAAGGGGAGGCGGUCAACAGCAGCUGGUCAGCCAAUCAGGGGGAUUCCGCCAGCUCCAGUGAUGAGACGUCCUCAGCCAAUGGGGACAGCCUCUUCUCCAUGUUUUCUGGGCCCGACCUUGUAGCAGCCGUUAAACAAAGAAGAAAGCACAGCUGUGGGGAGCAGGAAGUGUGCACCCUCCCCUCCCCUCCCCUCCAUCACUUGGCAGAUGAAAACAACCAGGACAGCAAGACAAAGACCUGGCCACCAAAGGCGCCCUGGCAACACUCGGCCCACACCAACACCAUGCCCAAUCCAAGCUCUUCCUUGUACCAGAUGAACAUCCCCUCCUCCCAGUGGGGCGACUCCAUGCAGAUGUUACAGUCUCCAGUGUGGUCCACUGCCAGCGACUGCUCCCCCUCCACAGGCAUCUCCUCCGGCUUCCCCUACACCCAGCAGCAGCAGCAGCAACAGCAACCGCAGCAACAGCACAAACCCAUCAGCAAGGGCUUCAAAUCCUUCCCCCUCAAACACGAGCACAGGCCCUCCUACCUGCACCAGUACUGACGUGACCCAACGACCCCCCCAAGGUGAUGGUGCAGUGGGCUGGUAAAAAUACCCGUGGCUGCAUUUGCUAAGCUAACAUCAAAGCUGCGACCGUUGGUAAUGAAAGCGCCUGUAAAUCGGAGAUGGUAAUAUUUGUUCUACUAAGGCUAAAUUUAAUUGUAAUACUCAAUGGCUUGACAUUUUAUAAGUAUUUUUCAAGUUCAGAAGUUUCCAUUUGAAAACGGACAUGUUGUAAACUGCCAUGUAAGCUGUGAGCAAUGCAUGUUUCAUGCUGAUAGUGUUUAGUCCAGCAGUCGUGUCUAUGGCUAAUCAGUUCCCUGCAGUGUUCUCCUCAGACGAGAGCUUGAGAGACACAGUCAUCACCCACUUUGCUUCUGCAGCUGAAAACAUGUAAGGGAGAGGGUCAUUGGGGUCAAGAGGGGGUGCUUCAGUUUAGCCCAUAAUUAUAUACUGUGUCUACUUAGUUGUAACUGCCAAAUGUCAUGUAAGAUGACUCAGACUACAGCUACUAUCUACUGUUCCAUAGCUUGUAAAUUACUGAAGUUGAAUUAUAAAUAAUUUUCUUCUUUUUAUUAAGAGGCUUUGAGCAGGCUCAGCAUAAAUAUAAUAAUCAUUGCAGAGGUGUGUAAUUUGAGAGUACUACACUACUUUUUCAACAACUGACAAGAGUAAAAGUUAUAACUAACUAUGUGCCAUGUUGGUAUUAAUAGCACUUGCAGAAUAUUAUUUUCCAACCAAAGCGUUGUUCAGAAGAUGAAUGGUGCUUGAGAGAUAACAAAUGAUCUGAGAUUAUUGAUCACAAGGAAAGUGACAUGCCCUAGUGUAAAGUCUUUAUGAUCAGAAGCGCAUUCAUUUCCUUUUUUUCAUUGAUUGGCAGUUUGCUUCAGAAUGACACUAACUCCAAAACCUUGCUAACUCUUGUUUCUUUGAAAUACAAUAUUUUUCUUGUACAAAUAUUGACAGUAUUAAUCUUAUUUUUGUAUUUUCUUACACAUUAUUACAUACCAUUACUGUAUCUUAGUAUAAUAUAGGCAUAUUACAUAAAACAUUAUUUUUUUCCCAAGAUGUGAAAAGCACAUUUUUCUUUACUACAGAGUUAAUCUACACCAUAUAUCUAUAAAGGUUACCAAAUAUGCCAUUAUAAACACUAAAACAUUGUGUGAUUAGGGUAUUUUGAGCCCAUGUUUAUUCAGUUUCUAUGGCUAUGGGCUGUAUUUAAAUGCCCAGAAUGUUAACUUUUUGUGAUGUUUGCGGAUGCCAAUGUUGCCUGUAUUUAUGAAAUGACACCAUGUUUUCUGAAAACUAACAUACUUACCAUGUUUACAGAGAAUCGUUUGCUGUAUAUACAUAUACAUAUAUAUCUUUUUAUAGUUCUGUGCUUUGCACAAUCAAAAUAUAGGGUUUGUUGCUUUUUGUCUGUGUUAUCUCCCGAACUGUUGCAGCCUUUUUUAAAGACAUCUUUAAAGACCUUGGACUGUAACUGUUAGCAUUUCUCAGCUGUGUCAAAUGGUUUACUAGUGGCUUCUACAAAAAAAAAAAAAAAGUACCCUGAUAGAAGAUAUGAAGGGGGAUUGCUUGGCUUAUGUUGCUUAUUGUUCUCUUGAGCUGGCAACUGAAUCUUUCCAAGUGUACCAGCAAUGCAAAAACAAACAAACAAAAAAAGAAUAAAAAUUACUAGCAAUUUAA